AUGCUUUUCGCACUGGCAACCUACUUUGGCUACGGCCUUGGGCUCUGCCUGGUGGCGCUGGUCAUCCACGUCCUCUCCCAGCCUGACCCAUACUCGUUCUCUCUCGAUACCUACUUCCGCUUCCGCAACUGGUCCCGCGAGGUCUCCCUCCGUCCUAAUUCUGUGGUCUAUCCCGAGUCGGUGGCCGAUGUGGUAGCAGUGGUCAAAGAGACUCUCGCUGCCGGCUCUUCCCUCCGCGUUGUUGGUGCCGGUCACUCGUGGAACGAUGCCAUGGCUUCAUCGACCACUAUGGUCUCGCUCGAUCGCAUGGAUGCCAUUCUCAACAUUGUGUGGCUCGACAACGGUGAUGCCUUUGCCAGCGACGACGACGGCGUGCUCUCGGCCGAUGAUUCGCUCUUUGACUCGGACGACGACUCGCUCGGCGUCUUUGUUCCCGACGGCGUCGGCGACGACCUCCCUGUUCCCGAGUGGAGCGAGGCCUCUCACGAGCUGGAUGCUUUGCUGCUGGCUGCCUCCGACCUCCCGCCGUGCUCCAUCCACUCGGCCGAUGCUGUGGCGCACGUCACUGUCGAGGCCGGCAUCCGCUUCCAGGCGCUGCAGGAUGCUCUCGCCGAGCAAGGCCUCGCCUUUGCCGCCCUGCCCUCGGUCGCCGCCCAGUCUGCUGGCGGUCUCAUUGCUACCGGCACCCACUCCAACGGCCCGGGCCACCAGAACCUCUCCAACUACGUUGCCGCCGUCGAGAUUGUCGACGGCGCGGGCAACGUCCGGGUCGUCACAAACGGUCCAUCGUGCGACGACGCGCGCUGGUUUGACGCCGUCCGCCUCUCGCUCGGCUCGCUCGGCAUCAUCACCAAGAUCACCUUUGAACUCGUCCCGCUCUUUAAGCUCACCAAGAUCGAGCACCCCGUCUCCUGGGACUAUGUCCUCGACCAUGUCGACGAGCUCAUCGAGUCCGAGGAGUUUUUCAAGCUGUGGACCUUUCCGCGAACAGGCGUCACCCAGCUCUCUGUCUACCGGCGGACUGAUCCGAGCGUGCCGUCGACCACGGGCCUUGCCAGCUACCUCGAGAACGUAGUCAUUCAGCAGUACGUCGUCAAUGCCGUCCUGUGGGCCACCUCGUGGUUCCCGUCCGUCAUUGGCCCAACCAUGCGGUGCCUCACCGCCAUCCUCGGCGAGCGUGUAGCCGUCGAUCGCUCCGACGCUCUCUUCAACAUCCCGGUUCUCAUCCGCCACUUUGAGCUCGAGAUUGCCUUUUCGGUCGAGUCGGCCAGGCAGGUCUUGGACGACCUGCUCGCCGAGCUUGAAGCCUCGGACCUUGCGUUCAACAUGCCACUCGAGAUCCGCUUUGUUGCCGCCGACCAGCUGUGGCUCUCCAACAACUACUCGCGCGCCGCCAUCCACAUCACCGCUUGCCUCUACGGCCUCGAUCCCAAGCCGUACUACGACCUCUUUGAGGCCUUUGCCGCCCAGCGCGGCGGGCGGCCGCAUUGGGGCAAGUACUUUACCCAUGAUGCGGCUCAGCUGGCUGCGCUCUACCCGCGCUGGGACGAGUUCCAGGCUGCGCGUGCAGCCUUUGAUCCGCACCACGUUUUUGCCAACGACUGGUCCUCCCGCGUCCUCGGCGAGCCCCGCGCCUGAGCCUCACCGGGACGCCGCGAUGAUGGCCUGCGACAGCGUCUCGCACCACGCGUCCCGCUCCUCAACCGUCGCCGCCGACAAGUAAAACGUUUUCCGAGUAUCGGUGACGGCAAAUGACGUCGCCGCACGCCCAUCCUUGAACGUCUCAAUCGUCGAGUUGGUGUGCAGCAGCGUCGCACCCUUGAG